AAUGGAGUCUUCGGUGGAAGCGGUUCUGCAGCACCGUUCUGCACCUGCAGAGCCUCUCGAGGCAGGAGGUGGGUCUCAGCUCUUAUUUGCAGGUUCAUCUUCACGGAGCAGGUCUCAACAACUUUUACAUGUUGGAGGAGGUUCAGGUGGUUCCCGUCGCAUAGAUUCGCCUUCAAGAUUAAGACUAGUUUUUCACUAUCCUAAGUAUGUGAACUACGCUGAGCGGCGCCCACCAAGGGGUAAAAUGGGGAUGAACUCACUCAACAAACAUCAAGGGAUACAUAGUGAAAAACUUACUAGCGCUAACAAGAAGCAUCUUCAGCGCAGCUAAUGGCGAAGAUUGCAACAACAACAUGUUUUCUAUCAGCACUGCUACCGGUGGGGAGUCGCUUUCUCGGUCACAACAGCAUCACCAGUCCUAUGAUUAAGGCCCACCGUAAUUCAUCUUGCGAGGCAUCUUUGGCUCUGUUUUGAAGGGAGAAAGGUGUCAAAGAUGGCCCCCAAGAUGAAUUGAGGUGCUUAAGCUCUAAUAUGAACAGAGAUCGCUUUCAGCCGAGCAAGAUUUUAGCGGAGCGCCAGCCACAACGUCGACGGCCAGUUCACCACUCGUGCUCGCUCGCUCGAAUAGAAACAAGCUUCAUAAUUGCUCACCGACCACGGCUCCCUUCGAUCGGUCCCUGUUUGAAGAACCUAGUCACAUUUGCAGUCCGUUGACAAGUCGCGCAAGUAGUCCUUUAGGGCUGGGCGGAUCAUCGUCCACCAUUAUUGGAGGAGCAAGUAAACCGGCAGCAGGAGCACCUCCAUUAACAUCCGCAGGAUCGGCUUAUAAUAUUAGCAGGAGUAAUUUGUCGACACAAGCUGGCACAGGCAUCCACA